AAUUCAUACACGUCAGUCAAAAUGGCAACGCUGUUCGGAACUGUUGUGAAAGCGGAAAAACCAAUUGGCCCAUCCGGCUCUUGACCCCGGUGUAAGCGUUAUUUGUCCAGCUUCUUUUCGCCGUCCCACCCCGCCUAUCCAUUAUGAGCUACCCGAGCUCACCACCUCGUGUUGGCCGUGGUGCCCGUGUGGCCAGUGGACAGGCCUUGUCCGGAUUUCUCAACCGCUCUGCCCAUCAACUUUUCGGCGGCAUGAGCUCCAACGCCUCGGGCGGAUAUCAGCCUUAUUAUGGCUCUAAUCCGUCUGGCCACUCGCCCCCACAGCCGUACUCGCCCGGCCAAGGCGGAUUAAGCGCCCAAUUGGCCCAGGUGAAGGCCGUACUCGACCGCCCGCCCAAUGUCACGUCGCUCAGCGAGAAAAUCCGGGAAUUAGACCGCCUGCUGAGUCCGAGUAACGCCUUCCAUCUGACGCCCAAGGACCUGGAUCCCUUGUUCGUGUUGGUGGUGGGUGACAUUUUUGGGAGUCAGGCCGUACAAGCCGCCAAAUAUGGUCGAGGUUGGCAUCUGACUACCCUCACCAAGCACCGUCAAUAUCGGGAUUUUUCCGCGGCCCUGCAAUUCUUGUCCAGUUCCGGCGGAGGAAUGAUGAAUUUGAUUCAAUUCCUCAUGUUGGAUUCGACUUGCGUGUACGAUUUCCCCGUUAAUCGCUUGCCCACCACUCAUCCGUUGCGGAUCAAGGCCACGGCACAUGUGAAUGGGCUCUUCUCGGGUUUGAACUCGGGUUCGGGGAUGGACCCGUCACAAACCAGCGUGCCACUGAGUCCCUUUGAAUAUUAUUUCCAUCAUUUCUUCGCGCUCAUCAGCCAAGGAUCGGAAUGGCUAUAUCAGAGUGGAGCUAACCUCGAAGCUGAGUCGUUGUAUCCGAUCCUUUUCGAAGACUAUCUCUCCCAUUUUCUGCCCAUUGGGGGAGCGGAUUACCGAUUCCAAGUGAGUGAUCUAGUCCUGCCCCACCCUCCCACGCCCGCCUCACUGAGGUCCCAAGCGGGCACACCCGGUUCCGCCAGCCAAGGAAAACUGUCGUCCUUGUUGCGUGCGGAUUUUUCACAUUCAAAGAAAUCGAAUUUGAACGAAUCGAACGAGCUUUUGCAAUCAUCUCGUUCGGGCGCAGAGUUGUGGAAAUCCCAAGUGUUCCUGGACACUCUGAACCAGUUUUGGCUCAGAAGCUACGCUAUUCCUUUGGAGCCGGGCGUAGAUUUGUCACCGCCCAGCGACUUGGUCAAGCUUAUUCGCAUGUUCAUCAAACAUCUCCAUUUCUUUUUCAACGGCUUCCAUCCGUCCCAAAGCGAGUUGCGCGAUUCCCUACAAAGAAGUAUCUUUCGAGAAGUGUACGAUAGUUUGUACAUUUUCUUUGACUAUCAAUUUGAUCAUUGGCCAUUGGAUAUGAGCUUCCGAUUGAUUCUCGAGACCUGGUUGAGCUUUGUUCAACCUUGGCGCUACAAAGAUCCAAAUCAAGGUGAAAAGGAUGGUGGAACGUUUGAAGCUGAUCAGUGGAAACAUUUCUUGGUGAACAAUGGCGAAUUCUUCGAUCACCUUCUGCGGAAGGUGUUGCUGCGUUUCUUUCGGAUGGACUUGGGUUGCAGUAAAAACGCGUUCAUGCUCUUUCGAGUAAUGAAAGUGGUGUCCCAAGAAGGAUUACCCCAAACUCUGUCAACUUCACCGGGAGAAAUUCUCUCAGCCAAAAAGUUCAUGACGAAUCUGAACUGA